AUGAGCAGUUUCACCCACUCGGAGUCAUCGGCGGCCCAGACCGCGCUGGACAGCAGGAGGAGGGCUGUGAGCAGCUCUGGAGAGAUCCCUGAAAGUGCAUCACAGCAAAGCAAAAGUUCUGCACUUUGGUGUGGGAGAAUCAUUGCUGUGAAGUGCAUUUGCUACAACAGCGAUUUCAUGGAGUGCACCUGGAGUCACAGUGAUGGGGAACCGAACUACACCAUGCACUACUGGUACGCAUCAGAGCCAGCUCAGGAAUGUGGCUCCUACAUCCAGCAGGACGGCUACAACAUUGGCUGCAACUUCACAAAGGACAAGAUCCGGGAGUUUGUGAAUUUUCACGUGAACCGGAUUGGGAUCAUUGGCUCGGAGAGGGUGAUCCCCCCCAACCAAACCUUCCAGCUGCAGGACCAAGUGAAACCCAAUCCUCCGACAAACCUGACCGUCAACACCACAACCAACAACGGGAUCUCCCUGAGCUGGGAGCCACCCAUGAUCCAACACUGUCUGCAGUAUGAGAUCAAGUACAAGAGCAACAAGGACAAAGACUGGCAGAUUGAAUCCCUGCAAGAACAAACAAAGUUUCCCGUGCCGAGUGUGGACCCAAAGAAACUCUACACCUUUAAAGUACGGGCUAAGAUCAACGAUUUUUGUGGUACAACUCUCUUCUGGAGUGAGUGGAGCUCAUCGGUGACUUGGGGCAAUUUAGACGCCACUGAAACUCCCGGAGACACCAGGCUUCAAAUGUGCAUCACUUUGAUCCCUGGACUUAUCAUUUUGGCUCUAAUUUUGCUCGUGCUUAUACUAAAGAAUGAAAAACUCAAGGUCAUCAUCAUCCCAAAGAUUCCAAACCCAGGAAGGAGGUUUGACUCUCUGUUCGACAACUUUGGUGGGAACUUUCAGGAUUGGCUGGGAGUUCCCAAGGACACGCUGGAGGGCUUCAAACCAAUCUACCACGAGAACGCAUGCCUCGUGAGCGAGCCCCCUCCCUACUCCAAAGAGGACACCCAGCAGCGAGGACUCUGGCAGCACUUGGAGAGGCCAGUGUUCCUGGGCAAGGACACGGUUCCCAGCAACGGAGGAGGGGUCCAGCCCGAGACCCUCUUCAUUGACGUGGUGCGUUUAGCAGAGAGCAAUAGUGGCGGCAGGGAAUGUGGCUGAGCAACAAAACAGGAAGCGCCCAGAAGCCAGCGAGCGUCGGAGGCAGCCUGGGGGAGUAGCGCAGGAGCAGAUAAGCAGCCACUCUUCGUUCGCAGCGCUCCGAGAUGUCGGGCUCAUGACGGGCGCUAUAUGUGCACAGAACAACAACAGCAAAAUUAUAUUUGUAACGCGCCUUUCACGUGGGGAGGACGUCCCAAAACACCGACCGGACAGUCAGAGCUUCGGACCCGAGCCGGUGUGGUGGGGGGAGCGGGGUCAGGGAGGGCGGAG